AUGAUAUCUUUCAAAGUUCUCCCUCUGCUCCUCGCUUCUCUGGGCUUUGUUUUGAUGGAAGAAAACGUCUCAGGCGUAAGCCUCAGGGCUCCCAGUGUCAGACCAGUGCAAAGACGCUACUCUGAGGCCACCCUGGCGAGCGACUACAGCCGCACGAUGGACAACAUGCUGAAGAAGAACUUCGUGGAGUGGUUGCUAGCCAGGCGGGAGAAGAAAAGCGACAACAUCAUCGAGCCGUACAAGAGGGAAGCCGAGCCCCAAGAAUCAGCUGCGAACGGCCAAAGAUUGGACCUGGACACCCAGGAAGCCAAAGACUUCUUCGCCUGGCUUCUGAAAGCCAAGAAAAACCCCAGUUUUCCCUCUCUGGGAGGUUCAGAAGGUUUGAAGGACUUUGUGAACCAGGAGUUUCUGACAUGGCUGAUGUCGACCGAUCUCUGCAGACCAACGUGAGUGGCUGCUCAAACCAUUCCCGUAGCUACAAGCGUCCCUACAGGGCUCCUUGUCCCCAGAUGUACUUGCUGCAGGGCUCAG